CCGCUGCCACCCCUGGCCCCCGGCGGCCACGCCGCGGGGCCCGGGCCUGGGGCGGCCAGGGGCUUCAUGAACCCGCUGGGCGCGGGCCGGGCGUCGGGGGAGCAGUUGCAGCCGCCCCGGCCGGCGUCUCUCGCCUCCUGCGCUCCGCCGCUGCUGCCCGACGGGCCCGGGGAUGCCGGGCAGGAGGAGUUGGAGGAGGACGAUGCCUUUUCCAGCGUGCAGGUGCCGGCGGCCGCCUUUCUGGGCUCCGGGACCCCCGGGAGUGGGAGCGGCAGUCGGGGUCGCCUCAACUCGUUCACUCAGGGAAUCCUGCCCAUCGCCUUCUCCAGGCAGACUUCGCAGAACUACUGCUCCCUGGAGCAGCCGGGCCAGGGGGCCAGCACCAGCGCCUUGGAACAGUUGCAGAGGUCCCGACGUCGCCUCAUCUCCCAGAGAUCAUCCUUGGAGACCCUGGAAGAUAUUGAGGAGAAUGCCCCUCUACGGAGAUGUCGAACUCUCUCAGGUUCGCCCAGACCAAAGAACUUUAAGAAGAUUCAUUUUAUCAAGAACAUGCGGCAGCACGAUACCAGGAAUGGCAGAAUAGUCCUUAUCAGUGGCAGAAGAUCCCUCUGUAGUAUAUUUUCAGUGCUGCCCUAUCGUGACAGUGCCCAAGUUGGGGAUUUGAAGUUGGAUGGAGGGAAGCAGUCUACAGGUGCCGUGGGCUUGAAAGAGAUCAUUGGCCUUGAAGGCGUGGAGCUGGGAGCUGACGGGAAGACUGUUUCUUACACCCAAUUUCUGUUACCCACAAAUGCCUUCGGAGCCCGGAGGAAUACCAUAGACUCCACCUCCUCCUUCUCCCAGUUCCGUAACCUGAGCCACCGCAGCCUCUCCAUAGGGCGUGCAAGCAGCACCCAGGGGAGCCUGGACACAGGUAGCGACCUGGGAGACUUUAUGGACUAUGACCCAAAUCUCCUGGAUGACCCCCAGUGGCCUUGUGGCAAGCACAAGCGAGUUCUGAUCUUUCCUUCGUACAUGACCACAGUAAUCGACUAUGUGAAGCCCUCAGAUCUCAAGAAGGACAUGAAUGAGACCUUCAAGGAGAAGUUUCCUCACAUUAAGUUAACACUCAGCAAAAUAAGGAGUCUGAAGCGAGAGAUGCGGAAGCUUGCCCAGGAGGACUGUGGCUUCGAGGAGCCUACAGUGGCCAUGGCCUUUGUCUAUUUUGAGAAGCUCGCCCUCAAGGGAAAGCUAAACAAACAGAACCGGAAGCUUUGUGCUGGAGCGUGUGUACUCUUAGCAGCCAAAAUCGGAAGUGACCUCAAAAAACACGAAGUCAAGCAUUUAAUUGACAAACUGGAAGAGAAGUUCCGGCUGAAUAGACGAGAACUGAUUGCCUUUGAAUUCCCAGUGUUGGUGGCCUUGGAGUUCGCGCUUCAUCUGCCGGAGCACGAGGUCCUGCCCCAUUACAGACGCCUGGUCCAGAGCUCCUAGCACAGGCCCCAAGGCGGGGCAGGGACCACUUCCCGGAGCCGCUCCAGCAGCACUUGCUACUGGAAAUGCAAAAACAGAACUCAACAUACCAGCCUUUUUCCCUCUCCACAUGUUUUUGUGUAGAGCAGUACCGGAACCUCUUCAGGGAGCCCUGGUCUGGCUAGCCGGGAUGAGCCGUGAGCGGUUAUUCCGCAGCGGGGCAAGGGGAGACCCGUGUGGAAGGUGGCAGAGGGCCUUUUGGCUUUCCCCUGGCAAGCAGUCCCAGCCGUCCCCACCUGGGUGUUCUUCCCGGGCACACACAAACCUCGCAAGCGUGGUCCAGGGCCUCCCCUCCAGAGCCGAUCCAAUUCAGGAGUGCAGAGUGGAGAGGAGAAUGUGCAGCAGCUGGGGGAGAGCUUUUGAAAGAUACCCUCACUGUAGCAAAAGCGUGCCAGUCUGUGUCUGUGUCAGCGCUUGGAAGUGCACUCACACGCGCUACCCCCCACCCGGGCACAGAACAGUGAGAAUGCGUGUGUCAGAUUCCACGUCAGCCUUCGGCCCCCAAAGCCACUCCCACCCGCCGGAGAGCAGACCUCUGCCUGGGCUCUUGAGCCAGCCUUACCUUCAGUAAUUAGUUCUAGAUCAUCUCUGGGUCACACUCUACGUACCAGAUGGUCUGACAGCCUCUGCCCUUAGAAAAUGCCAUAGUUUCUGUUACUGCUCCUACCACCCACGGGACAAAGAGGAUGCAUUCUUGGCGUUGGAUGGGUCACGUGGAACGGUGUGGCGUGAGGCGCUCCGUCCCUCCCCGCUGCCGCCCCACGCGCUGUUUGCCCUUCGCGCUUUCCCGCUGUGGAGACGGCUGGGGCUGUGCUCCGUGGUGUGUAUCCCGUGCUCUACGUUAGAGUGCAUCAUAGGCACAUUGAGUGUGCUCGCGCUGUAUAAAUGUUUUCUAAAACUCCAGAGUAGAUGGAAGCCGCACCAUGGGUGUUGGGAGGCUUCUGACAGCUGGGACACCCUACAGCUAGAGCUGAGGUUCGGUCAACCACAGAGCCAGGGACUGCUCAGCGCCCCACACCGCUGUCUGUGCAGAAUUUCAGCUGUCACCUGCCCUGACUGGCCCGGAUGACCCGUACUCAGGCACAUGGCCACACCCAGCACCUCGCAGCCUCAAGAGGUGUGCCUGCUGGAGUUCACCUGACAGGAGGCGGCCUGGGGCCAUGUAAAAAGAAUUAAAAUAUUUUGUUUCUAUAUCCA